CGAUUAUUUACAAAUUGUAUCAUUCGUUUCUUGUAUACAUUUAAGCAAAGAACUAAACUUCCAAUUAUUUUAACAUGGCUUUUAAGUUUGUUUUCGCAAUUGCUUUUGUAGCAGUAGCCAGUGCCGGUUACGUUCCAGCUGCUCAAGUUUAUCAUGCCGCUCCUGUUUCCGUACAUGCUGCUCCCUUAGCUGUUGCUCAAAAGGUUGUUGUUAAGUCAGAGGAAUAUGAUCCUCAUCCCCAAUAUAGAUUCUCUUAUGGUGUUGAUGACAAAUUGACUGGUGAUUCCAAGAGCCAAGUAGAAGAACGUGAUGGUGAUGUAGUGCGUGGUGAAUACUCUUUGAUUGAUGCUGAUGGCUACAAACGUACUGUUCAAUACACUGCUGAUGCCCACAAUGGUUUCAAUGCUGUCGUACAUCGUGAACCUCUCGUCAAGACUGUUGCUCAUUAUGCUGCUCCCGCUGUAGUAAAAACUGUUGCUCCAGUUGCUCAUUAUGCUGCUCCCGCGGUAGUAAAAACUGUUGCUCCUGUUGCCCACUAUUCAGCUCCCGCUGUAGUGAAAACGUUUGCUCCAGUAGCUCACUACUCCGCUCCUACUGUAGUCAAGACUGUAGCUCCAGUAGCUCAAUACGCUGCUCCUGCAUACACACACUAUUCAGCUCCAGCUGUAGUUAAAACCUUAGCUCCUGUUACUCACUACUCCGCACCAACUCAUUAUACAUCUUAUUCUGCACCAGCUGUUUCAUACCAUCACUAAUUGGCUGAAAUUAUGAGAAAUUGUUGAUCCAUUCGAAUAUUUAUUUUACGAGUACAAAAGAAAUAAAAUAUGUUUAGUUAAUAUCAAUAAAAAAAUAAUAAAUACAACUUGUUUUUCAUUCAUAAAUAUCAAUAAUACAUUU